AUGGCUAACGCACAGAAUGUGACGGAAUUCACUUUCCUGGGACUUUUUUCCAAUCAGCUGGUACAGAAAGUCUGCUUUGUGAUGUUUCUGCUCCUGUACACAGCCAUUGUGCUGGGGAAUUUCCUCAUUGUCCUCACUGUCAUGAGCAGCAGAAGCCUUGGCUCCCCCAUGUACUUCUUCCUGAGCUACCUGUCCUUUGUGGAGAUCUGCUAUGCCUCGACGACAGCCCCCAAACUCAUCUCAGAUCUGCUGGCUGAGAGGAAAGCCAUAUCUCUGUGGGGCUGCAUGACACAGGUUUUUUUUACACACUUCUUUGGUGGCAUUGAAAUGUUCUUGCUCACUGUGAUGGCCUAUGACCGCUACGUGGCCAUCUGCAAGCCCCUCAGCUACACCACCAUCAUGAACCGGCAGGUGUGUGCCUUCCUGGUGGGAGCAGCAUGGGUGGGGGGCUUUGUGCAUUCCUUGGCUCAAAUCCUUCUCAUCUUCCGCUUGCCCUUCUGUGGCCCCAAUGUGAUCGACCACUAUUUCUGUGAUGUGCUUCCCCUGCUCAAACUUGCCUGCUCUGACACCGUCCUCAUUGGUCUUCUGAUUGUUGCUAAUGGGGGGACCCUGUCCGUGAUCAGCUUUGUGGUCCUCUUAGCCUCCUAUGUGGUCAUCUUGCUCCAUCUGAGGACUCGGAGCGCCGCCGGGCGGCUCAAGGCCCUGUCCACCUGUGGGUCCCACAUCACUGUGGUCACCUUGUUCUUUGGGCCCUGCAUCUUCAUCUAUCUGAGACCUUCUACCACCCUGUCUGUGGACAAGACGGUGGCCGUGUUCUACACGGUGAUCACCCCACUGCUCAACCCUGUCAUCUACUCCCUGAGAAAUGCUGAAGUGAAGAAGGCCAUGAAGAGGCUGUGGGUCAGAGCAAUGAAACUAGAAGAGAGGUAGAGGCUGAGCCUUGGUCUUGAUCCUCGGGCUUAGAAUGAUGGUGAAUAAAAGCAAAGUGACACAAUGGAAUGAAGGACACUCCCUAGGGUUUGUUAUUUUUAGAUUACUCCAACUGGUUCCAUUCUUCAACAGCUUCAUUGUACUCAUUUGUUAGAUAUUUUCUUUUAUGGAUAUACUAUUACUUAACUAGCCAUUUUUCUGUUACAUGUUUAGAUUAUUUAUAUAUUUUUACUACUAUAAAUAAUAAUGUGCUAAGUAUUCUUGAAUAAAAAUCUUGAUUGAUAUUUCUCA